AUGCCGGAGACCGGGCAGGAGCCGCCCAGCGCCCCUCCGCCUCCCCCCAAGGAGUCCUUCUACAUCAAGAACCUGCUCAACGGCGGCCCCCCCAAGGCGCCUCCCAAGCAGCCGCGGGCGCUGUUCGCCCCCUCGGGCAAGGCGGCGGUGGACGGCGCCGGCUUCGCCCUCUCGCAGGUGGGCGACCUCGCCUUUCCCCGCUUCGAGAUCCCGGCGCCGCGCUUCGCCCUGAGCGCGCACUGCCUGGAGCGCGCCCAGACCUGGUGGUACCCCUACGCCCUGACGCCGGCCGGAGCGCACCUGCCCCGCACGGAAGCCGCAGAGAAAUCGCUGCUGAGGGACUCGUCCCCCGCCUCGGGCACCGACCGGGACUCCCCGGAGCCGCUGCUGAAGGCGGAGGGGGAGCCGAAGGAGCUGGACUCCAAGAGCCCCGACGAGAUCGUCCUGGAGGAGAGCGACUCGGAGGAGGCCAAGAAGGAGGGAGGCGCGGAGGACUGGAAGAAGCGGGAGGAGAGCCCCGAGAAGAAGCCGUGCCGCAAGAAGAAGACGCGCACCGUGUUCAGCCGCUCGCAGGUCUUCCAGCUGGAGUCCACCUUCGACAUGAAGCGCUACCUGAGCAGCUCGGAGCGCGCCGGCCUGGCCGCCUCGCUGCACCUGACAGAGACCCAGGUGAAGAUUUGGUUCCAGAACCGCCGCAACAAGUGGAAGCGGCAGCUGGCGGCCGAGCUGGAGGCGGCCAACCUGAGCCACGCGGCCGCGCAGCGCAUCGUGCGCGUCCCCAUCCUCUACCACGAGAACUCGGGCGCGGAGGGGGGCGCGGGGGGCGGCGGAGCCCCCGGCACGCAGCCCCUGCUCACCUUCCCUCACCCCGUCUAUUACUCGCACCCCGUGGUCACCUCCGUGCCGCUGCUGCGGCCCGUGUGA